CGACAACUUUCCGUUCUUUUUCGAUUUAACCUUUUAAACGAUCAGUCUUUCAUCUCUGAUUCUGAAUAUCCACCACAAACAGACUCUGGUGAGUUCAAAAAUGACGAAGAAAGCCGUGUUGAUCGGAUGCAAUUAUCCCGGCACCAAAGCCGAAUUGAAAGGAUGCAUUAACGACGUUAAGAGAAUGCACGCAUGUCUGAUCAACCGUUACGGUUUUUCGGAGGAUAACAUUACGGUGUUGAUCGACACCGACGAUCGCUACCCUCAGCCAACUGGCAAGAAUAUACGCAGAGCUUUGAACGAUCUGGUGCGAUCGGCUGAGCCAGGAGAUAUGCUGUUUGUUCAUUACAGUGGACACGGUACUCGGCUUCCUGCUGAGACUGGAGAGGACGAUGAUACUGGUUAUGAUGAGUGCAUUGUUCCAUGUGAUAUGAAUCUUAUUACUGAUGAUGAUUUUAGGGAUUUUGUGGACAAAAUCCCAGAAGGUUGCCGUGUAACGAUUGUAUCUGAUUCUUGCCACAGUGGUGGCCUCAUUGAUGAUGCUAAGGAGCAGAUAGGGGAGAGCACAAGGCGUGAAGAGGAAGAAUCGGAUUCUGGUUUCGACUUAAAAGGCUUCUUGCACCAGAAAGUGCAAGGCGCAAUUGAAUCUAGAGGAAUUCACGUUCCUUCUGGGCUGCGCCAUCACCACCGUGGACGUAAAGAAGAAGAUGUUGAGAGAGAUGUUGAAUCAGAAUAUGGUGAGCGAGGGUAUGUGAAGAAUAAAUCCCUACCCCUCUCCACUCUUAUAGAAAUACUUAAGCAGAAAACUGGUAAAGAUGAUAUUGAUGUUGGGAAGCUGAGGCCAACGCUUUUUGAUAUGUUUGGUGAAGAUUCAAGUCCGAAAGUGAAGAAAUUCAUGAAUGUAAUUUUUAACAAACUUCAAGAAGGUGGUGGUGAAAGCAGUGGUGGUGGGUUCUUGGGCAUGGUUGGUAAUCUUGCUCAAGAAUUUAUGAAACAUAAGCUGGAAGAGAACGAAGAGGGAUAUGCAAAACCUGCCUUGGAGACCAAAGUGGAUAGCAAGCAGGAGGCUUAUGCUGGACAUGGUCAGCGUUCACUUCCUGAUGGUGGGAUUCUAAUCAGUGGGUGUCAGACUGACCAAACUUCUGCGGAUGCCAGCCCUUCUGGCAAUGCUGACGAAGCUUAUGGAGCUCUUAGCAAUGCAAUUCAGACCAUAAUUGAGGAGACGGGUGGUGAAAUUAGUAAUCAAGAGCUUGUUUUAAGGGCUAGGAAGAUAUUGAAGAGGCAGGGUUUCACUCAGCGCCCUGGCCUCUAUUGCUCAGACCAUCAUGUUGAUAAGCCGUUUGUGUGCUAAUCCGAUUACAGAUAUGGAGUAUGAACAUAAAUAUGCUUUGAUUCGAGAUAAAUAAGUUGAAGAAUUUGCAGGUGUGUGAUUUAUUGCUUCUUUUUGGAACAAUGAAAAAUUUUAGAGACGAUGUGUGUUUUUCGUUUAAUGAAUCAUAUUUGUGGACAAGUUUUAUGAGUUGAGUUAUUAAAUUUGAUUUUUGAGAGAGUAA